AAUCAAAGCAAUUGGAUCAACUUGGCAGGACAGGAGGGAGGGGGAGGAAUAAAGAUAAAGAAAGUCUCCAUAAAGAAAUGUGUGAGUCUGCUGUUUUCCAGCAGGCAACUGGUGCAACGUAAACGCACAGAAAAGAAACAAAACACACCACACCACACCAGAUCUACUUCCUCCGCGUCCUCAGAUCUCACAUCCUUCUCCUCAAGCUUCCUUCUUUGCUCAAAACCCUAAUUUAUUCAUAAUUACACACACCGCAUCGCAUCGAUUCAAGACGAAAUCAUUUGUAUCGGAAUAUUAUGCAUAGCAUAGCUUUCCUAAUCUAAUCUGAUUAAUACUGUAAAAGAGAAGAUCGUAAUUUGAUUUUGAUUUCGAUUUGAUCAUCGAAGAGAUCUACCUACCUAGAAAUACGCUGUCAUGGGUGCAUCUCAGUCCGCACAAGUGUUGGAAGACGAGGACGAAGACGAAGAUGAGGAGGAGGAGGAGGCUGAGCAGGAAGAAGACCAUACUAGCCGAAGAAAUGACCCAAGAAGAGAAUUAGGCGAUACCAGUUUGGUGAAGAAGGUUCUAGAACAGGAGCCAGAGAUGUUGCCCUGCCACGCCUCGGCAUCCCCGCUCUCCCCCCAGCUCUCCUCCUUCGGCACUCCUCGACUCGGACCUUCGAUCAAGGUCUGGGACCCUUACAAUGUUCUCGCUCCUCCUCCUCCUCCGCCGCCGUUGCCUUUCUCUAGGAGCUUUUCGUCGGAUGUGCUUCUUAACGAUGCUCGGACCAUUACAGAGGUGUUCUUGAUCAGUCACGGAGAUUGGCACAUGAAUUUGAGACCAGAUUUGAUUGCCGGUAGGUGUCCCGAUGCUGCACUCACCCCCAAUGGGAAGCGCCAAGCUAGAGCUCUUGCUGUCUUCUUGAAAUCACAGGGUGUUCGAUUUAAUGCUGUUUACACUUCGCCAUUGGAUCGGGCUCGAGCAACUGCUGUUUCCGAGAUGAACUUAGCAGAGGAACAAAUACAGUCCUCAGAUGCACUUCUGGAGAUGAGUCAGGGACACUGGGAGGGCUGCCACCGGUCAGAAAUAUACACACCUGAAAUAGUGAGCUUGAUGGACCGGUUCCAGCCUGAUUUCUCUGCACCAUCGGGGGAAUCACUGAGGCAAGUGGAAUUCCGAAUGGUCCAGUUCUUAAAUGGGACGGUUUUGGGACUGCCUGAAAAAUUUAUAUCAGAUUUUUCGCCACCCUCGCAGCAUGAGAAUCAAGAGUUUUCGCACCACAAUUCUCAUGCACAUACAAACUCAAUUCAUGACGGGGAUGGGCCUUCUCUCCCACCACCCAACUGGGAUUUGCUUCACAGGAAUCGACAGGGGCUUUCAAAGAAAAAAUCUGGUAAGAGCAGGCUACAGUUUGUGACUACAACCGGAGAUCAUGAGGCUGAUGAUGAGAUGUCUCCUCGAGUACCCCACAGCCAAAUCGAUCUUAAUGAAAUAAAUGUCAGGGGUUCUUCUUCUUGUGUCUCUUCUUCUAUUGGUGUUUUCACUCACUCAGUUCCGAUUAAGUGUCUUCUCACAGGCCUCCUUGGGUGCAGCCCAGCAAUGUCACAUAGGAUCUGCAUAGAAGAUUCUUCCAUAACGGUGUUACAACAUUCAUGGAAAAUGGGUUGGCAGAUAAAGAGAUUGAACGAUACAGCACAUCUCAGGCUCCUCUAGUCAGAAACUAUGAGAACCAUCACACUUGCAAAAAAAUGGAAUGCAUAUUGUUGUUUGGAAAUUGCCUUUAUUGGGACAUAACAUAUGGAUUGAAAUUGAACCCUGCAAUCCAUGCUUCACAUGAUACAGUGAUGUUUUUACUCUUUGUAACCUUGUCAUAUUUAUUUCCAGGUUACCAACUCUGCAGAAAAAAAUAAUUUUUAUGCCAGAGUUUGGGAUCUAGGUCCUGGGUGAUUCUUUUGAUUUGUAGCAUUUUACGAAUGUUGUUAAUUAUAGAGUGAGACACAUAUUUCCUUAUUUGGGAGUAUAAUAAAUUGUUUUGGCUAUACUCCCUGCAUUGGAAAGAUGGGGAGUUAUUGUAGCUUUAAAA